UCCUCUUCUCCCUCCAGCCCACUUCGGCCGCUCAUCUCCCUCACUCCCCUCCAGCCCCGCCGCUCAAGAACAACAGCCGCUCUUUUCCUCUUCUCCCUCCAGCCCACUUCGGCCGCUCAUCUCCCUCACUCCCCUCCAGCCCCGCCGCUCAAGAACAACAGCAGCGGUUCCAGGCUGCAGCUCGUUGUGAGGGCGGCCGCCGACGAGGGAGCUGCGCCACCUGCUGCUACUACUACAACGGCAGAUGGUGAAGCUCCUAAGGCUAAGGUCAAGCCGCCACCGAUUGGACCCAAGAGAGGAACCAAGGUGAAGAUUCUAAGGAGGGAAUCCUACUGGUUCAAUGGAAUUGGAUCCGUAGUAGCUGUUGAUCAGGAUCCACUCUAGUAACGACACUCUGUUUGAAGGUGCUCAAAAUUAUUGCACGGGGGAGAAUGCCAAUGGAGUGCAAGGAGGACAAGAACGAGAAGCAUAUAAUCAUAGUUCAAGCCAAACUCGAGCGAUGGAUGCACGACGAGAUGGAAUAGCAAACAACUAACAGAAAUGGAAUGGCAAGUAAACGGCCCAUCAGGUUGCCUUUCAUUGUCCAAGCAGAAACAGGCCUUGUAGGUUAUCCCAAAUACCACCAAAUCCAGAUGGCUUUGAAGAGUACACAAUAGACACAAGGUUUGGAGAAGUAUGGCCAUGUUUGGAGGAUGUGAUUUUCAUUGAUGUAUUUAAUCAAUACAUGAAAUCAUAAGAUUCAGGGGUAAAUGACACAUUUGGUCACUGAGAUUACUAAAUCGUGUCAUAUUUGGUCACUAGAAAAAUUUAAUAUCAAUUUUGGUCACUCGAAUUACUGACACAGGUCACAUUUGGUCACUCUUCUGUAGCCUCUGUCCAACUCCGGUCACUCGAAUUAUUGAAAAAUGUCACAUUUAGUCACUCGGAUUACUGAAACAUGUCACAUUUAGUCACUCUCCCAAAAGUUUCCGUCGAACUACAUUAAUGGAGUUGGACGGAAACUGACGGGAGAGUGACUAAAUUUGACCAGUUUCGGUAAUUCGAGUGACCAAAAUUGAUAUUAAUUUUUUCUAGUGACUAUACAUGACACAAUUUAGUAAUCUCAGUGA